AUGGAUCGGAGCUUGGAUGUGGAAUUGGGAGGCAAGCUGGAGGUUUCAGAUAAGGCGGCGGAGUGCAGAUUUUUUGAUGAGCUAGACUUCAAGUCAGAAGAUGCUCUCGUUGACUUUAGGGGGAAAAAGGCUCCUCGUGCCAUCGCCGCUACUCCGUGCCAUCGUCAUCAUGCUCCGUGCCACCGCUGCUCAGGCACCACGCCACCAUGGCCCUAUGCACUGCUCCUCACCACAACCGCCGCCGUGCGCCGAGGGCCUCCUCGGCCAGUCUCCGUUGGCGCCCAGCUCCUCCCUGACCCUAACUCCCUCCCAAGCCCAGAUCCAGCCACUACCCACUCCGCUCGCAAAGUGUGGGGCAGGGGCGACGCGGUGAGCAUGGUGGCCGUGGGCCUGGUGUGGGGCGCGACCAACGCGCUCAUGCGCCAGGGCGCGCUCGUCUGGGACCGCCGCGCCCGCGCCUCCCCAUCCAGCAGCGUCCUCCGGCAGUGGGCGGCCCUCCUCCUAACGUGGCAGAACUCGGCACCGUUCGCCGCCAACCUGUGCGCAUCCACGGCCUUCUUUGCGCUCCUCGGUGCCGCUCCCAUCUCCGUCGCCGUGCUCGUCACCAACGCCGUCACCUUCGCCGCCACGGCUGUCGCUGCCGCAAUUCUUGGCGAGCGCGUGCGCCCCGCGCCGGCCGCGCUCGGCACCGCGCUCAUCGUCCUCGGUGUCUGGGUCUGCAUCUCCUAGUCCUUGAGGAUCUGCU